GUCGAUCUGUGCGAGGCUCCGCGGAGCAGGAGGACGCAACUGUUGGUCCGAAACCAGAGGAGGGGUCCAGACCCGGAUUCAGGUUAAAGGAAUGCAAUCCAUCAGAACCCGAACCUGUUCCGGCCUGAACCCGUCUGCUGAGAGCUGAACUGGUCUCAGACUGGAGCCAUGCUUGUGCUGUGCCGACUGAAGUUUCCCCUGGUGGUGAGGCUGGAAGUUAAUCUGGUUCUGGUUUUGGUGACGUUAGUGGCCUUCUCAACCAGACUGGUCAACCUAUCUUAUCCUGGAGCUGUGGUGUUUGAUGAGGUCUACUAUGGUCAGUUUGUGUCUCUCUAUAUCAAGAGGGUUUUCUUCGUCGAUGACAGUGGACCUCCACUGGGUCACAUGAUCCUGGCCCUCGGAGCUUACCUGGGAGGCUUUGAUGGAAACUUCCUGUGGAACAGGAUAGGAGCAGAGUACCCCAGCGGUGUGUGUGUAUGGAGUCUGAGGCUGGUGCCGGCACUCUGUGGUUCUCUGUGUGUUCCCCUGGCUUACCUGCUGCUGCUGGAGCUGCAAUUCUCCCACUACGCCGCACUGGGAGCUUCCCUGCUCCUGCUACUGGAGAACUCUCUCAUCAUCCAGUCCCGACUGAUGCUACUGGAGUCUGUCCUCAUCUUCCUCCUGUUCCUGUCUUUCUUUUCAUACCUGCGAUUCCACAACUCCCCCAACAGCUCCUGCUUCAGAUAUUUCUGGCUCUUACUGAGUGGAGCGUCCUGUGCUGGAGCUGUUGGGGUGAAGUAUAUGGGGUUGUUCUCCUACCUGCUGCUGUUGGGCGUGGCCUCUCUGCAUACCUGGCAGCUGAUUGGAGAUCGUACCGUCAGUCAUGUCAGUGUGUGUGUGCAGUGUGUGUGUCGGUGUGUGUGCUUGCUCUUAGUUCCUGUGCUGCUGUAUGUUUUUUGGUUCUACAUCCACCUGACUCUGCUGAACCGAAGUGGACCUCAUGACCAACUUAUGAGCAGCGCAUUCCAGGCCAGCCUGGAGGGUGGUCUCUCUAGGAUAGCACAGGGUCAGCCAUUAGAAGUGGCCUAUGGCAGUCAGGUGACUUUAAGAAGCGUCGCUUCUCAGCCAGUCCCGUGCUGGCUACACUCCCAUAAAGCCAACUACCCAAUCAGGUAUGAGAAUGGGAGAGGAAGCUCUCACCAGCAGCAGGUCACCUGUUAUCCCUUCAAAGAUGUCAACAACUGGUGGAUUAUCAAAGACCCAGGCAGCUUCUUCGCUGAAAGUGACAUGUACUGUACAUUCCUCCCGACCCGUUUCCAGAGCAUGCUGUUGAGUUUAGAUGUGUUGUUUCUCCCCCCUCUGGGCCACCAGUGGUGUCGUUCGUGUUACAGUAAAACCCACCUGCACAGACAGGAGUUGGUGGUGAGUCGUCCGCCCCGCCCUGUUCGUCAUGGGGACGUCAUCCAACUCCUCCAUGGCAUGACUUCCCGCUUCCUCAAUAGCCAUGAUGUAGCAGCUCCCAUGAGCCCUUAUGCCCAGGAGAUAUCGGGAUACAUUGAUUUCAAUGUUUCUAUGGCAGUGCAGAACCUGUGGAGAGUGGACAUCUCAAACAGGGAGGUGGAGUCAGAGGUGUGGAAAACUAUUCUCUCUGAAGUCCGGUUGGUCCAUGUCAACACCUCAGCUGUCCUCAAGCUGAGUGGCCUGUCUCUGCCAGACUGGGGCUUUGGUCAGUUGGAGGUGGUGGCUGAUAAAGUGUAUAAAGGUCAUCAGAGCAACAUGGCCUGGACUGUGGAGGAACACCGCUACGGAACCAGUCAGGAACAGAAGGAGAGAGAGGUGGAGCUUCACUCUCCUACUCGCAUUGAAGUUGACCGAAACAUCUCCUUCUUGACAAAGUUUCUCGAAGUACAGUGGAAGAUGCUGACUGUCAAACAGGAGGAAUCAGAACACAAAUACAGCUCCUCCCCUUUGGAGUGGAUCACCAUGGAAACAAACAUAGCCUACUGGCUCCACCCAUCCACUAAUGCUCAGAUUCAUCUCAUUGGUAACCCAGUGUCAUGGGGUGUGGCUAAUGUCUGUCUGUCAGCCUAUCAGCUGCUGGGGCUGUUUUACCUGCUGCGGAGGAGGAGGGGCCUCAAAGACAUACCUGACGCUGUCUGGGGUCAGUUCCAGCAGGUAUGGCUGAUUUGUGUCGGGGGGUGGGCUGUCAACUUGUUGCCAUUUUUCCUGAUGGAGAAGACGUUGUUCCUCUACCACUUCCUUCCUGCCCUCAGCUUCCUGCUGCUCGUCCCAGCCGCCCUGCUGGAACAUGUCCACACUCACCUGCUCAGCUGCCCCUCCCAGCGCACAGCCCUGUGUGUGUGUGUGUUGGCGGGGCUGUGUUCUGUCUACCUGUCUUACAGCACAUUCUGCCCUUUGACCUACGGAAGCCCGGAGCUGUCAGCCAAUCAGCUGAAAGACCUGAAGUGGAAAACCUCCUGGGACAUUCUGUACAGACGACGAUGACCCCCCCCCCCCACACACACACACACACACACAGCUCCUGUCAACACAACACUGUAGAAGGGAGGAGGAGGAGGUGGAGGAGAUCUCCAUCUCAACAAACUGCUGAACUUUCUUGGACAAUAAAACUUGA